AUGUCCGAGCAGCCGACCAACACGGUUCAAGUCGAACUCCCUGCGGAAUUCUAUGCGGCCCUGGAGGAGCUGCGAACCAUCCGAAUAGCACAACUCGCCUCUGUCGACCAGCAACGCGAGAUGGCGAGAUAUUUUACGGAGUUGAAUGUAUGGUUUGAGGGGCAGGUUCGGCAGCGUCAAAAUGACAUGCAGGCGCUUGAAAGACAAGUGGACGGGUUCGUUCGCGGGGAUCUUGAAGACUUUGCCUGCAGCCUAGCGUUUUUUCCGAAAAUUUUAGUGGCCGCUUUUCAAAAGAGGCGUCUUGGACCAGUCCAGGGGGUCCAGGCAGCAAUUGAUCGUGAUCAGCACACGUAUUAUUCCGACCGCCAACCACACGAAUCCGUCUCCGCGUGGAAUGAAAGUUAG